AAAAAGAGAUGACGCUGCUCCCACGCGUUAUACGAGCACUGGAAAAAAUCGCGCCUUUGUCACUUGCCGAAAGUUCGUGGGAUAAUGUAGGUUUACUCAUAGAACCACCGUACACUAAACCUAAAGCCUCUCGCGUUUUCCUUACCGUUGACCUAACACCGACCGUUUUAGAAGAAGCACUCUCAGAUGAAAAUGUUGGUGUAAUUGUAGCUUACCAUCCCCCAAUAUUCCGACCAUUUAAGAGGUUAAAUAUGAAUGACGUGAAACAGGCUAUUGCAAUGAAAUGUAUAGCUCAUAAUGUUGCGGUGUAUAGUCCACAUACUGCCGUUGAUUCGGCCGAGGAUGGAGUGAAUGAUUGGCUUGCCAAAGGUCUCGGAUUAGGUUCUAUUCGAGCAAUAACACCUGCAGAGAAUCCGCCUCCAGGUCAAGAAAAAGCAGGUUCGGGUCGAAUAUUUACCUACCAUCAGCCUGUUCCGUUGUCAAUUGUGAUCGACCGGAUCAAAAAGCAUUUGAAAAUCCCUUAUGUCAGAGUUGCCAAAACUGAGAAACAUGGUUCAACAUCGGAUGAGUUAAUUUCGACAGUUGGGAUUUGUGCUGGGUCAGGUUCAUCGGUACUUCGGCCUGCCGAGGUUGAUCUCUAUCUUACAGGAGAAAUGUCGCACCACGAUGUACUUUCGGCGCUGGUUAAAAAUACCAGUGUUGUCUUGUGCGAACAUUCGAAUACGGAAAGAGGGUAUUUGUCUGACGUACUGAAACCACUAAUCGAAAAAGAAUUUAAGAAUGAUGGUACGAACGAAAUGUUUGAGGUGGUG